CUAGCCUUCUCGGCGGGCGGACGCGCGCGGGCCCCGUACCCAGUGCAGUGCCAGUGACAGUGUCCAAACUAGAAAGUUGGAUUAUUGAUAUUAUUUUUAUUUUCAACAACGAAUAGAAAACUCGCGUGAUUUUCGCCGCUUUUUAAAUCAACCAGGUACCAAAAUGCUAAAACUUUGCCAGAAGGUGCGCAAGAAAUGCAAAUGACACAAACAUUAACUAAAUAACGAUGUGACAUUAUAAUAUUUAGUGAAGACGUUCUAUAAUACUCUACAAAUUCUCCUAAUAGUUGUAAGUGCCAAGUGAAUUGACAACGAAGUGCCACUUCCAUUGAACCAUGGAUUUACACGCGUCGUCUCUGGUCGUCCAUGCUUACGAGCCUCAUGCGCCUAUGCUGGAGGUGGAAGGGUUAGACCCUCACAGUCCUCAGCAGAAGGUCCUGAUCCACGCUCCAACGCUGCAGAGCCAGGAGCUGAUUAGCAAUGAUCAUCGGAACGGGGAGUACGACUUUUCAGACGAGCAGUACCACGCGCACAGCAGCAACCAGAGCGGGGAUGGUCAUGGCGGAGUGAACCAACUCGGCGGAGUGUUCGUGAACGGCAGGCCGUUACCCGACGUGGUGCGGCAGCGGAUAGUGGAGCUCGCCCACAGCGGCGUCAGGCCUUGUGACAUCAGCAGGCAGCUGCGAGUGUCUCACGGAUGCGUCUCCAAGAUACUGUCGAGGUACUACGAAACUGGCAGCUUCAAGGCGGGGGUCAUCGGUGGGUCGAAGCCCAAAGUCGCCACCCCGCCAGUCGUGGACGCGAUAGCAGCGUACAAGCGCGAGAACCCGACCAUGUUCGCUUGGGAGAUCAGGGACCGGCUGCUGAGCGAGGGCAUCUGCAGCCAGGAUAAUGUGCCUUCAGUAUCCAGUAUAAACAGGAUCGUGAGGAACAAGGCGGCGGAGAAGGCGAAGCAUGCACACAACCAGCAGCAGCAACAGCAACAGGAGCAGGAGAUCAGCUCAGCGCAGGGCAGCGUCGUUUCUGUAAUAACGCACGCGGGCAACGCGCCGGGCACGACGGCCGUCCUGUCCCCCACCACUGACCAGCACGUAACCAACACCGGCAGCUACAGCAUCAACGGCAUCCUGGGUAUUGAGCAGGUGGAAGGCAUGCAUAACGGGAACGCCACGGGACUGAAGAGGAAGCGACAUGAGGACCAAGAUGAGAACCGAGACUUCAACAGCCAUUCGGAGGACGACGUGAAGAGACAAAGAAGCCACUAUAACGGCGACCAGAUAUACUCAAACCUCUGGUCAUCGUCAAAAUGGGGUCUAAAGGACGAGUACAAACUGCUGUCUGAGCUGGGCGGCACGGGCGCCGCGCCGGGCUACUACGGCGACCUGUUCGACGCGCCGUACGACCACGCGCCGCACGCGCACUACACGCCGCAUUCAGCGACGAACGACUCGACGGGGUCGAACGGUGGCGCAGGCGAGCCCCCGUCGGCGGCGGCGAGUCCGGACGCGGCGGCGCUGGUGGUGCUGCAGCCGCCCGCGCCGCCCUACCCGCCCUACGCGCCCUACGACGGCACGGCGACGCUCGCCAGUGAGUACGCGUACGCGGCUCCCUACUCCCAGUACUCGCCGUACGGAGGACCCUACACACACUCCGCAGCCACCGGCCUGCUCUCCAAGUGAUAUCAACGGACGCCGUGCCAGCAGUAGCUGUCGGCGCCCACAACGAACAAAAAUAAGUGAUAAUGGACACUAUUUGUACUAACGAUCAACAUGUGAGAUAUUUAGUUAAUUAAUUACCUUUAUUAUUCGGUUAAGAAUUCACAUGGUUAUGUAGAUAAAUGAAUAUGUAUUAUUGUGUACAAUUUGGUUAUAUUAAUUUUAACGUGGUCAGUACCGCUUCAAACUUUGCUUUCUCUAAAUUGUUAAAUGAAACGCGCAAACUUCAUUUAUACUCAUUAUUUUUUAAUUAAAUGAAAGGUUAUAUGAGAGAGCCAAAGUGUUGAUAAAUCUUCAUUAAGACUAAGAAUGUAAAUAAUGUAUUUUAAUGAAACUUAAAUGUAAUUCAUUUAAUGUCAUUAUUAGAUGUAAGCGGAUGAUAAUAUUCUCGUUUCUUUUACCUCAACGUAGUUACAAAAUAGCUUUUAAUGUGACAGUUAUUUUCAAUCUAUAGUUUCAUUUAUUUAAGCUGUCAGCGAUGCACAAAAUCUUUAAUUUACAUUUAUUAUCGUUAUAUGUAUAAGUUGUGGUACAUUUAAAAAUGAAACAAUCUUGACUCAUGAAUUCUAAUCUACAACGUAGUAAUAUGCAAAUUCUAAGAUUUUUGAGUUAAAUGUUAAAUAAAAUAUAUUUGAAAGUUGAUAAAUAAUAACUGAGCCUAUAAUACAAGACAUACUUUCAGGUAUGGCCUUGUGUAGGCUUACAUUGAGUCAAGUAACUAACCAUUGUAAAAACUAAGGUUGGAAUAGUUGGUAAUGACCUCCAUAGAUUUUUUAUCUCUUAACAUCAUUCAUGAAAAACAUAAUGGAGCUACUACAAAGAUAUGAUCUUAAUAAACAUAAACUCAAGGUUGCUUUUCGAAUGAUAAACAAUAUUAAAUAUGAAACUUAAAUAAUUAUAGAAAAAAAGGGUCUAAAAAGUCAACUGUCAUCUUUACUAAUGGUAGGAUCUAUUUUAUAUCCGCCCGGAUAGCGACCACCGUACACAAGGUGUUAAAACCCGUCAUAGUGGCCCACGUAAGUGUCGGGUUCCGGGAUCAUCCUGUGUAUAUCCGGUUCCAACAGGCCGGCAUAAUUGUGUCGACUGUCGAGGGAUAAUCAUCUCUCGUCAGUCAACAUCCAAUUGGACCCCACUCCACUUACCAUCAGGCGAUGUGAAGUUACAUAAAAAAAAACGAUGAUUUUAAAAAUUCGUGUAAAUUAUAAAAACUUUCAUUUAAAGUCAUUACAAACUAUUCCGACGACAUAACAAUAAUAAAUGAAGUCAAACUAUGUAGAGUUAUUUUAGAUUAUUUUGAAAUUACAAUGAGAUUAUUCCUGUAUUUUUUUUUUGUACUUUUUAUAUUAAAAUAAAAAAUGUUAAGUAUACAGCGCGUUCCGAUAUCGUUGUAUGCCAUAAAAUUAAUAUAUACAAUUUAUAUGUUCAAAAAUAAUGACUUUUAGAUAUAUUAUUGUUUUUUUGGGAUUGGAUUGUGUACAAAUUAUUUCAAAUGUUCACAUAUUAUUGGCAAACUGUUAUGUAUUUUUGAAUUAUUUUUUAUUGAUCAAAUUAAUGUGAAUUUCAUAAAUAUGAUUUGUAUAUAUUCCUAUCCCUAUUUUGUAUAUGAAAGUAUUAGUUGAAUAUCUUAUCAUUUCCGUCCAUUUAUUAAUUUUUAAGUAUUUUUAUUUCGUGUUAUCCUGUGUAAAUAUUUAGCACUAUUUUUUCAUAUCGAACCAGUGAAAGUAUGCUUUUUAAUGAAUAUACAAAAGUCAUACAGUUUAGAGGAACGCCAAAGACUUUUUUGAAGCCCUUUGUUUGUGAAGUUGAUGUACACGAUGUUCCACGUUGUGUCAAAUCCUCGUUAAUUUUACAGAUAACAUAGCGGCACUGUAUUUCGCAACUCAGUAGUAUAUUUUAACAGAAGCAAUAUUUUUUUGUCACCAAAGAUGUCUGGCCUUUUUCGGAUGUGAGUGAAACUAUAGUAAUAUUAAAAAUAUUUAAUUUGUUUCUACAUCUGGAUUUUGGAAUACAUAUUUGUUUUUAACAAAGUUAAAGGGAUAAUUGUAGAUAUAAUUAAAAAAUUGAAAUCAAGAUUGUAAAUUAUAGUUAUUUCAAAUCAUGAUCUGAAUUAGGCCUUGGCUAUAACAACAUUAUUUUAACAAUAUUUUCGCAUAUUAUCGCUCGUAUUUACAUUUUCAAAUAAUACAAACAUAGAAAGAAAGAAAGAAAGAAAAGAAACUUUUCUUUCUUUCUUUCUUCUUUAAAUAAUACAAACAUCUAUAUUAAAUGUAAUUAUUAAUAAACACAAGCAUAAAUAUGCGAAAAUACAUUUUUUAAAUGUAAUCUAACGCGGAAACCUAAGACAGAAUGUAAAUAACAUUACGCAAUAUCGUAUUAUUUCUUCAUAUUUAUUUCAUAUAAUUAUAUUUUGUGUAGAUUUUAUUGUUCAUGUCGGAAUGAUGUGAAAACUCUUGCGUCGUUGUCAAUGUUGAAUCAUCUAGAUUUUUUUCGGUUUAAUUUUUUAUUAAGAGUAUUUGUAAGAAAAACGCACCGGUACGAAUAAAGGCAUAUGAAUUUAUAAUAA